UUGAUUGUUUGUGUCUGAAGGGCUCGCUUGUUGUGUAUUGCGAUGAAGUGACAGCGGGUUCGGGUCCGACGGCGAGACGGUGAGAGUCGAGGGCACCAGCUGCAGUGACAGGGGACACAGGUUACUCACCCUUGUCAGACACUACUAUUGCCAAAUCAUGGAUGCCUGUGCCAGGAUUAGAGGUCUUCCUGUAAAGAGCAGAGCUUCAGUCAGAAAAGAGAUCGUCUCUGAAAAUUUGGUCCAGUCUAUGAAGUCUUUACUCAAGAGCAGAAAAGAACUGUGCAGGGUGGUAUUUGAGGAUAAUCAGAAGGAAUCAAUGUGCCUGACUGAGGUUCAUUUUGUUGGCUUGCCCAAUUUUGCUGAAGGAGUAGAUAUUCAAACACAACCCCAUGCAGCUGUUUCGGUUGACCUGCUAGAGCUCCUGAAGUCACUACAUGUACACAGUCUUAAAGAUGAAGAAGUGGUGCUGCUGAAAGAUACAAAGAAACACUUUGAAACAAAAGACGGCACUUCCCAGACUUCCUGGUCCAAGGCUGUCUGUGUAAUUAGGUACUCACCUGCACUUCAAAGAAGUAUUGGAAACACUGCGUUUGCUCUUCUGGGCAAAUAUACUACUGGAAUGAGAUAUGCGUUAGAGCUACAUUCCUUACAGAAAAAUGUGCCAGUCACAUGCCACACAGAGGAAGAUGACACUAACCAAUCAGUAUCAUCCAUUGAAGAUGACUUUGUAACAGCUUUGGAGCACUUGGAUGAAGAAGAACCAGCAGCAUCAGAAAGCAGUGCACUGAGUUACUACAAUCAAAGAAACCAGCGUGAUGUUGCCUCCCAGACUGUUCCAUCCCGCUGUGCUGAAACCUCGGGGUCCAGGAACAUCAUCAGCUCAGUCUGUAGGAAGUCCUCUUACAAGCCAGCCUCUUUAAUCCCAGAAGUAUUGUCAAUGAAAAGUUCAGUUACAACAUCAGUCUCAGAUCCGGGGAGGCAAAGUAGCUUCUACCGACCAUGCAGUCCCCAGGAAGAACACAUGGACUUAAUGCUGACGAGUAUUACAUCCACAUCCGUAACCGAGUCAGAAGAGUCAGAAUGUUCUAGCCCAAGUCCAAUCAUCUUCUUGGAUGAAGAUGGAUAUCAGAGAAGUCUGAAAGCAAAACUCGACAUCCCGGAACUUCCAGUUCUCAAAGACGGCGUGGAGGAUUCAGACUCUGAAGUCAGUGAGUUUUUUGACAGCUUUGAUCAGUUUGAUGAACUUGACCAAAAUCUUGAGGAUGUCACUUCUGGCAGCCAAACCCAGAAAAGAAAGUACACCCAGGAUCAGUUCUCCAAGUUUGUGUCUAUAUGCUGCUCCACAACUGCUGCUAUGAACCCCCAUAAAUUUGAACACCCCAUCCUUCCGGCCAAUGUCAGAAAGCCCACACCUCUUAAACCAGAGUCUCCCUACAGCGACGUCUUUGAGGUUCCAGAUUCUCCACGGCCAGUGAGGACUUCUGGAGAAGAAAGUGGUGCAUUAUUUAGUCCAAUUUGUUCCUCAGCAUUUAGCCCACUGGGCAGCUGUAGUGCCUCAGAGUAUUUCUGGAAAACAGAUGAAGAAAACACUGAACUGGGCAAACCUCAGGAUCUUGCUGCACUUUAUAAAACUUACACUGCUUAUGCAAGUAACAUUUCAAAUGAAAUUCUUGGUUCAGUUUGUGGGUAUACAUCCCCUGUGGACAUGAAACUUAAUAAAAACCUAAGUUGUGUAUGCCACAUGAAGUUUAAAAACAGGCAUGGUCACCUUAUAAAACUAACUGAUUUCCAGCAGAUGGUUACAGUUGCUAAGCCCCAACACAAAUCACAACAGUUAAAAGAUGGUAUACAGAGGCUUGCCACAGAUCUGGUUGAAAGGAGCCUUGGCAGUGCAUUCAGAGAUUUACAAAAAGGCGUUUCUUCUUGUACCACUACACUUUGCCAUCUAGCUGCAAGGCUGACUUCCUCAGUUUUUCAAAUGGCCUUUCAUGAGAUUGGCAUGAAGCAUGCCUCUGUUUUGAAGGAACGUGCUGUUAAUGGUUUGGCAAGCUUUCUGGUGGGAGAAGCAGUAUCUGGGGCUCUGAAAGAGUUCCAGUUUGUUAAAAAGCAGAUGUUCAACAACACAGUAGCACGUUUUGCUGCAGACCUUGCAGAGGAGCUGGUUUUUGAAGGAAUCAUGGAGGUGUGUCAGUUUUCACAUCCUCCCACACCUUCAACUCCAAGCAGCUGGUCUUUUGAGCAGCAGGAAAAAGUGGUCCAGUCGUACGCUACUGAUUUGUCAGAGUCUGUGCUUCAAGAAGCAUUUAUUGAGCUAUCUCAAGCAGAUGUCACGUUCACAACGCAAGCAGCAAUCAGUGUGUCAUUGGAUAACAUCAGAUAUGUUAGAGCAGAGAGUAUUACACAAGCUACAAAGACCUGCAAUGCAUCAACAAAUGUUGACCCACUCCCUUUAGCUAAAGACAUCUGCACUGUAGAGAAGGCUUUGAUCUGUGCAUCUGGUGUUGCAAGUUCUAUUCCUGUCCCUGAUGCUGGGAAGGUUAUCUCUUCAAACCAGACUUGUCAUAAUAGUUCACAUCUCUACUGUACAUCUGAAAUGAGUCCUAAAAGAACCAGAGACUCUGGACAAAAGUCAAGCAUGGUGUCGAGUGAGGAAGUGUCGGUAACAGGAUGUGUUCAAUUAUUACAGGUUCCUGGACAGUUUGACCCAAGCUGCAGUCAUGCUUCUAAUGACACUAAUUCUGAGACUGAACAAGGAGUCAGUGAUGAAUCUGAAGACUAUGCCACUUCAAAACUCACACCUGGGUCAGCAAACUUCCAGAACUUCUCUGAAACAAUGGUAGAUCUGAUUGUGAAUGAGGCUUAUGAAUUAAUGAGUUCCUCAAAAGUGAAAAAAACAGUAGAAGAAUGUGCUGAUUAUUUGAGCAAGAAAAUUGUGGACAAAAUCCCUUCUGUAGGUCAGUUAACACCUAGGAACCUGUAUGCUGAACAUUUGGCUGAAUCAAUUAUGAAGCAUACUGUCGAUAAAGUCAAGGCAAAAGCUUCAAACACAAAUGAAUCAGGUCAAAUUCAAACUUCAGUGACAAUUGAUCCAUUGAUUGUAGUAGAAUACACUAAACAAAACAUUGCAACAUAUGAUGAAGACUCAAACCAGCUCAAAAGAAACUUCCCUGAAGAGAUACCUACCUUUGCCGUGUUACCAAGCUUGAAUGUUAUUGACAAUGCAGGUCCCAGCAUUACCGGGCAUACAAGCACUUUAACAAAAGCAUUCAUUGAGCAAUGUGAAAGUGGUGAUGCGCAUCAUAUCCACCAUGCACUGUUUAGAGAUUCUUUGCGAGUUCCAGGUCAUGAAGAAGAGUUCUCAUCUGCAAGCAGAGACCAGAACAGAGAGGUUCUGUUUGUUGAGCAGGGGAACUCCAGUGGUUCCCCUGGUACUCCACCUCCUACCCCACAGCAGCCUCAGCAUGUUUGCCAGGAGAAAAGGAUUAAGCAGUUUUCUAAAAAACUCAAGGGCAAGCUGGCUAAUGAGUUCUCCCCUGCAACACCUCCUUCAACACCUCGUAACCAGUCAGAUACUUGCCUCACUGAAGUGGGCAGUGAAACGGAGAAGGCUGAUUUUAUGCUGAAGCUGAUGAGGUCCCUCUCUGAUGAAGCAGAAUGCAGCGAGGAGGAGGAUGAGGAGGAGCAAGGGGCGCAAUCUGUUAUACAGAUGGGGUCCUCCCAAACAGAACAAAGGACCGCUGUAGAAAUGGGCAUAUCAAACACCGAAAGGGGCACAGUACGUUAUGCAGACCGGCUGGCUUGCCAUAUCCUUUCCAUGGCGACUGAAAUGGCUACUGUGUGCUUGGAAGAUGGAAGAAGGCCUGAGCGCAGUGAAAGCAAACCCCUUCCUUUUUGCACUGCAUUGGUAGGACAGUUCUCUGACCAGUCUUUGAACUCUUUAAGGCGCUAUGCUGGCGAAGUGGCUGGGGAAGUCAUCAGUGAUGUAAGGAAAAUGAUCAGUUUAAACCAGUGUAGACACAAAGCCUUUAAAAGAGGCCUUGAUUGUUUCUCUGAGUGCCAACACCUAGGCGACCAUGAGCAGGACUUUAGGAAUGAAAGAUUAAACAACAUGGCAGAACAGUGGUCUGGGGAUCUUUUGGCCUCUGUUCUGAAUUUUCUUCCAUGUAAUAGUCUAAGUGGGCUUUCUUCUAAGUACCCCAGCUGUGAAAGUGUGACUGAUGAGUAUGCUGGGCAUAUUAUUAGGGUAUUAAAAAGAGAAGGUGGCAACAGUGAGCUCAUUUUAGAUCAGUAUGCCAGUCGGCUGGCUUAUAGAUCCAUUAAAUUGGGCUUGGCACAAGCAGCUAGGAAAAUUAAGCAUAAGUGUAACAUGAGGCUUUAUUCUACCAGAAGAUCACCUCAUGAAAGUAGAAAUGAGUUGUUCCGCUUUGUUAAUGCAGAGCAAAACCAUGAGAUGGAUAACGGAAGGAAAGUGAAAGGCAGUAGUGCUGGUCAUGGCCAUCAGUGUGUACCUCAGUUGAAUGAAGAGAUGAACAGCGGUGAAUACAUGGAACUGCUGGGUUUUGCAGAGUCUCUGGCGUACAACAUAACAUGUGACGUCACAAGAAAACUGAGAUCCUCUACAGUCAGGCUGCCCAAGUCUCUCACAGAUUCCUGCCUCUACAAAAAGUCCAAACUCGAAGACAUGGCUGAGAACCUUAUUAAAACACCCUUUUCUUGCUCUCUCCUGCCUUGCACACAAAGGAACAGACAGUACCACAGCACUGGCAGUUUAAACGAUUGUAAUUGCAGUGACAGUGUUAUGCAAGUAAUUGAACACUACGCCAGAAAAAUAGUUGACGAUACCUUAGAAAUGAUCUUGGCUUCUGCUAACCCCCAGUCUGUUGGAGAUAGAGGGAAAAUGGACAGACAGACAUAUGCAGAAACACUAUCUGAAGCAACAAUGAAGUCUGCGCUAGCUGACAAGCCCUGCAGAUUCUGCUCUAUCAAGGAUCACCCUUAUUAUGUUGGUGCUCACUGCAGCUAUGCCACCAGACAGCAAUUGCAGGAGAUUCCCAGAAGGAGGAAACAAGAAUGUGAAUCAAAAACAGAUAAUUGUUGCAAUAGGAUCAAGGGAUGUGGCCGUGGUAUUCCUACAAUCCACAUUGACCUUGAGCAGAAGGUGGUUUUUGCUGAAGAGAUGGUCUCAUGGGCUAUUGAGAAAGCAAAAAAAGAGCUCAGUAGCACCAGCCUCACCGCGGACAGUGGUAUUGGGCACGAUGGCCCAAGCUUCGCUGAAAGCUUCACCACAGAAAUAAUGACCUCUGUGAUGUCAAAUUAUUAUGUUAGUGCUGCUGAUAAGGAGGGGUUUCACACCUCUGAGUCCACAGUCAGUCAGCAGCUUAGCCUGAGUGUUGGGGAUGACAGCACUGGCAGCUGGUCCAACCUGAGCUUUGAAGAUGAGCAUCCUGAUGAAAGCAGCAGCUUCCUUCACCUCAGCGACAGUAAUGGUAACAGCAGUAGCUGGAGCAGUCUGGGGUUAGAAGGAGAUAUUUAUGAGGAGAAUUUAUCCUUUUCACCAUCAGACAGUGAUGGAACUGAAGACAAGGAGGUUGAGACCAAGGAUGACACUGAUGGGUUAUUGCAUGUGGGAAGAGCACUGCUGGUGGUUAACAGUGAUGUGAAAGCCCACAGUGUAGACAUCCAGUUAAGGACUACAUUGCAGUGGAUUGCUGCUUCCCAUGCUGAGCUGCCCCUACUACAGUUCUGCCAGCCACCUGAAAAGGAACUUGUUCUUCUGCCGUUAGUGUUAAAAAGAGCUAAGGAGAGGGAAUGGAAGGUGGGAGACCUUUUGCAGGCGGUCCUGAGACAUUGUGAAGAGCUGGAGCAAGAGCAAGCCAGAGAGAAUCGUUCACACAAACCUUUUUUUGAGUGGCUGUUAGAGUGUGCAUAAAUACAAACUCCAGAGCCAGCAGCGUUGUGCUGAAAUAGAGGGGGGUCGUGCAUUGGGGAAUUGAAACACAAGUAUGUGUCCUUCAGAAAUAAUGUAACAGUGCAGUCAGUAUGCAGUGGUUUGCAUUUUGCCAAAAGCAGAGCCCACAGUUUAUGGAAUGUUACUGUUCUAAUCUAUAUUGCAUUUACACAUCUGCAGCUGGGUGCAGUUAUCCCAGGCACUAGUGCUUUGCUUUAAGUGCAUUGUGUGUGGCAGUGGCAGGUACUGCUUUUAUAACAUUAUUAUACAGCUUUUAUCAGUAUCUUGCCAUUUGUGGCCAUUUGUGCAUUAUAGGUAUAUCCAGUGUUUAAUGAGUGCUAUAAAGAAUGGAGGAACAGCACCAUAAAAAUAAAUAGUCUAAAUCUGGGAAUUCCCAUUACCUAAUCUCCCACAGUGCACAAGCACUGACACUCCCCUGGCAGAAAACAAUACCAGGCUUGCUAUCCUUCCUUUUGAUGGUUUCUUGUUUGUUUUUAAUACUGCAAUUGUUUUUCUUUAGCUGGGUGUUUAAUGGAGUUUUACAAAUGAUUUGUCAGAAACUUAAUACAACUGUCAUGUGUUUAUCAGUUCAGCUGUAAACAUUACACUUCAAUUGCAUUCUGGUAACAACAUCAGUAUCAUAAUAAUAAUAAUAAUAAUAAUAAUAAUAAAAUGUAUAUGAAGAAGUUUCAAAACGGAUCCAGGGAUAGAAAUAAGACUCCCAUUGCAUAGCAGUUUGAUCUAUUCCUGGUUUUACUAUUAGUCUAAUAAGGCACACCUCAGCUUGUUUCCUACACCUAGUGGCUAAUCAAGCUCCCUGUAAAACCUGGACUGGGUGAAACUGCUAUGCAAUAGCAGUUUUAUUUCCA